AUGCAGACGCAUACCACGCAUAAUACCUCACAUGUUACGAUUGCUAUACAAUACAACACCAACAACACGAACCCAACCCCCCAGCCCCCCAACACCCCCCAUAAACCCACCCAUCAGCCAGGAACAUUGCUGUGCACAACCAUCAUCCUGCGCCAUAUCCAAACCAUAUGCCUCGCAUCCCGCCCCCGCCAAGCCCCCGCCAAGCCCAUCAUACUAAUCACGCCCCCGAUCCCCCAACACCCAUUCACACCCAACCCAAUAUGCCUAUCCCUCAUCCCCCAUCCAUCCAUCCCCCAAACCCAUCCUUUCACACCCAUCCCUCCAAGCCCAAAAUGGCGUGACAUCUCACCACCCCCCACCUCCGCCCAGCAUCCCAGCGCAAAGCCAAGACCGCCAUGGCCGCCAUGGCUGCCAAACAGCUUUAUGCGCGGGCGCGAUGGGGGGAACGGGGGUGUUGUUUCAGGAGAGGGGUGGGGCGGAGGAUGGUUUGAGGUUUGUGGAGAGGUGGGGGGUUUGGGUGGGUAUUGUGGAAUUGGGGAGAGUGAUGGGCGUGGGUGUGUCGGGUUUUCAAAUGAGCGAUGGGGAGGAAUUAUGGUAGGUAGGCGAAACAACACUUCGGCUUAUAAACCCCAUCUGUCAAGGUUCAGCAGUGAUGAUGUUCAGAUCUAG